AUGGGUAAUACAGAAGGGGUAGAUAAAGCUGAGGGGGAAGUUACGGAAAUUUCAGCCAAGGGGAAGGAGGAAGGUCAUGUGGAAAAUUCAAACGACGAUCUCGAUGAAGGGAGCAGACUCCUUGCCAGCCUCGCCAACGUGGUGGACCAGAAGGACGUGGACAAAGUAAACAAGAGGGGAAAGAAAAAAACGAAAAAGGAAAAAAAAAAAGAAAAAAGAGAAUACCUAAAAGAAAAGAGGAAGAAAAACAGACCUGAAGAAAAAAAGAAAAGAAAAGAAAAAAAAAAAAAUGAAUUGUUGAAAAUAUUAAAUGGUCUGAAUUCAAGUGAGAGGAUACAGUUUCUAAACGAAAGGAGAGUUAUACGAGAAGAGAAAAAAAAAAAGAGGCAAGAAUUUUUAAUGAAAGCAUACAAUGAGGGAUAUAAAAUCUGCUACAACUGUAGUUUUUUAAGUCAGAUGGGAGAGAAAGAAGUGUCCAGUUUAGCCAAGCAGGUUUUUCUGGGAUAUCACUACAUGAUCAAGGAGCAGUUGCCUGUGCAGUUCCAUUUUACUAGCUUGAUCAACAGUGACGAAUUCUACACGCAGCUUAGUGAGAAGUAUGCGUUGGAAAAGUGGCGUGUCCACAUUCACCAGGAGGAUUAUUGGAAUUUGUUCCCAAGAGAAAAGAUUGUAGUGUUGUCGCCCGAUGCGGAGGAGGAACUGACCGAAGUUCGAGACGAUGAGGUGUAUGUCAUUUCUGCGCUGGUCGAUCGGAGCGUUUCAAAGAAUUUGUCCUUCUCCCAAGCGUCCCUGCACAACUUAGUGACGAAAAAAUUACCCAUAGAGAAAUAUUUUAAAAAAAAAAAAAGCAACGUACUGAACGUUAACACUGUGGUGGAGAUUUUAAUUAGUUUUUUAAAAAACAAAAACUGGAUGAAGGUUUUCAAGGAGUGUGUACCACAAAAAAAAGUGCUCUGCUUCUGUAACGGUGCCUCAACAGAGGGACACAGAGAUGAAGAGGCAGACGGGGAUGACGAGAAAAAAACAGAUGAACGGUAUUUAGAGGAUAACGAAAAGAAGUACGUCAACCCGGAUCCGUUAUGA